AUGUAUGAGUGCGUUCUCAGACCAGUUAUAUGGUUUUGCUACCAGUCUUCUCGAUACCCAGCGCGGGUCAAGGUCGUCGGACAAGAACUGGCCACCAUCAAGCACUACCCAAUGAUGCCCGUGUCUACACGGCUUGCGAUCAAGGCGCAGCGACUUUCUAUUCGCUCCCACUCUCCGUCAGCGCACCAAUGA